GCGCUUCGGACUCGGAUCAGCGCACAUACUGUUUUAUCAACUCGCGUAGACUGUGUAAACUAUAUUUGUAGUUUAGAACCGUCAACGUAAGACAGACUGUCGCCCUCAGCACGUCCAGGAGAAAAAAUGCUGUCUAGCAAAUUGGGCAAACAGCUGGGCCACCCCACAUAUUCUUUAUCUGGAUGGUUGGUGAGCAAGUUCUUAAAAUGGAACAAUCAGAUUUUGGAGGAAAAUGCAGUGAAAUUAUGCAACAUACAACCCAACGACACAGUGCUGGAGCUGGGUCACGGGCCGGGCCUCGGCCUUCAGGAGGCCUCGCAGCUCCUCAUUGGCCCAAGAGGGAAACUUCUGGGUGUGGACUACUCACAAUACAUGCAUCAGAUGGCCAGCAAGCGCAUGGAGGAGCAGAUCUCCAGAGGAAAGGCUGUGUUGUAUCACUGUGAUUUGGUGGCCAUGCCCAUUGAGGAAAACACUGUUGACAAGGUGUUUCACUGCAACUGUUAUUACUUCUGGCCGGAUCUGAAAGCGGGAGCGAAAGUGAUCCACAGAGUGAUGAAACCAGGUGGAACUAUGGUCACAACUCUCAGACUAAAGAGUGUUGAAAAAGUUGCCUCAAAGAACAUGUUAAGUGGGGAGAGCUGGCGCCCUGAGGUCUACAUGGAAGUGCUGGAGUCCUCUGGGUUCACAGAUGUGCGAAUGGAGACCAAAAGGGAGAAACUCGUCACAUUUCAAGCUAUUUUUGCCACUGCUGUGAAGUAAAAUCACAAAUGUUCAAAUUAGAUUCUGCCUUGUCAAACUUUCUCAGGAUCAAAUAUACUCCAAUUCAUUGUUGAAAUUAAACGGUGGCUGUAAUCUGACAGAUUUAUUCGAUCAUUCAGUAAAUAAUAAAUAAUGAAGACAACUGGUCAAUUAAAAUAUAUUGAAUAUGAAAUGUAAUUCAUAGAUUUAGCAAAAUGAUUUUCUAGAAGAUUAACCUAUGGACAUUAAAUGGCUUUCCUGGGGUAAUGACGUGUUUCCACGGUUGAAACACUGAUUUAGCGAUUAAAUGAGACAUGAUACGA